AUGGCCGAGCUUGUGGAGGCAAGUCUUCAUACUUUCGAAACCGGAGGGAAUGCUUUGGAAUCUCUUACCGCCGCCAAACGUCUUUCUCUAACUUUAUACGGAUUGGAUCCUGUUGGUAGCAUAUUCUAUCAGCUUGUGCGUUUGAAGUUCCGCGGAUGUGAUUGGAACUGGUCGAAUAUGCUUAUGCACGUGCUCCAACAUUCCCCUGUACUUCAAUUUCUCAAGCUCGUUGUUCUGGACAAUGGCCUGAACAGCUGGAAUAUUGAGCGAGGUGUCAAAGUUUGUUGGAUUCAGCCGAGCUGUGUUCCCGAAUGUUUGUUGUUCCAUCUCAAAACCUUUGAGUGGAUAGACUACAACGGAACAGAAGAUGAGAAAGAAGUGGCAGUUUAUAUACUAAAGAAGGCGAGGCGAUUAGUGACCGCAACUGUCUUCCCAGCAUUCAUGGUGAACAAACGUUUGGUGUUUGAGGAAUUGGAAAUUGCAACGAGGGGUUCAAGAGCAUGUGAGCUCACAAUGGGUUAA